AUGGUGGACAACAGCUUGAGUCCCCCAGCUGUCCCCCCCAAGAUUUACCUAAAAGCACUGAGGGUACUCCUCAUCGGCAAAGCCCAGGAGUGGAUGGUAAGGGACGCUGAAGUCAGGAGACUGUGGGCCUUAGGUACUCAAGUAGCCCUAGACACGAUCAAAGACCGCCUAUGUUCGAGAUUCCCGGGGCCUGAGGCAGACGCCAUCCCGUUAUCCUUUAGCGAAGAACUGUCCUUGCUAAAACAGAAGGAGGACGAAUCUCUCACCCAAUACUACGAGCGGGGUCAGGCCCUAAUCUCCCUCGCGGGUAUUGAGGAUGCACCACCCAAAGACGCCCCCGAGUCCGCUCAGCUAACCGGAGGUGACCGUAUUCUCCUGAACACUAUCUUAGAGACCUGGGCUAAGGGUCUCCAGGACAGCGAAGUUAGAAGGAAGGCUGUGAAGUCCUCAGUGGAUGGCACCACCAGCUUGAAGAACCUGUUGAAUGUUACUAGGGACGCUCAUAGGGCAGUAGACGCGGUUAGGAAGCUAGACAUUGAGGAAGCCCGUGAACGAGAGCUCUUCCUCUUGCGGAAUACAGUCACCCGGAACAUGAGCCCCCGACAAUUGGAGGACUUAUACCAUCAUGCGGAAACGAUGUCGUCGUCAAAGGAUGUUGGCUCUGGCGUUCCUGCCUCUAGCAAGGGAUCUUGGGCUACUUUCCUCAAGUCUAUUGCAUCUUUUAACGGUGAUCUAUCAUCCCUGACGGCUCCCCCUUUUAUUAUCUCGUCUACCUCCCUGGUCGAGUUCUCUGCGUACUGGGCCGAGCACCCCAGCCUGUUGGUCGCACCGUCACGCGAGCAGGACCCGCAAAAACGCGCCUUGCUGGUUUUGAAAUGGUUCCUCAGUACUUUGCAUCAACAGUAUUGUAGCAGAAGCGAGAAGCUAGGGAGCGAGAAAAAGCCGUUGAAUCCGUUCCUGGGUGAACUAUAUUUAGGAAAGUGGGCAGAUGACGGAGACAUUGGUGAUACUCUGUUGUAUAGUGAACAAGUGAACCACCACCCUCCAGUCACUGCUUACACAGUUGAAAAUAAAAAACAUGGUGUCCAGCUACAAGGAUAUAAUGCACAGAAAGCGUCCUUUUCAAAUACGAUCAACGUGAAGCAGAUCGGUCACGCCCUCUUGUCGUUCCCAACACCCGGCUCCUCCGAAAAGGAAACGUACCUUAUUUCCCUCCCAUCUUUACACAUCGAAUCUUUGAUUUACGGCACCCCAUUUGUCGAACUCAACAAAUCCACUUAUAUUGCCAGCUCAACAGGAUAUAUGGCGAAGAUCGACUACUCCGGCCGUGGCUGGGUUAGCGGCAAGAAAAACAGUUUCAAUGCCAUUCUAUACAAGCACAGUGAGGGAGAAAAACGCCCACUAUACACUGUUGAUGGCCAAUGGUCUGAAUCAUUUGUUAUAAAAGAUGCUUCAAGCAAGAAAGAGGUUGAUAGAUUUGAUGUUAAGAAGUCCAAGACCUCCGCUUUCACGAUUUCUCCAAUUGAAGAGCAGGAUAUAUACGAAUCUAGACGAGCGUGGAAAGACGUUGCAGCCGCGGUCGAAAAGGGAGACAUGGAUGCGCUCUCAGCGGCCAAGUCGAAGAUAGAAAAUGCGCAAAGAGAGCUGCGAAAGGUUGAGGCUGAAGAAGGACGAGAAUGGGAGAGACGGUUCUUCCAGCGCAUUAACCUGGAUGGUAAUGACGGGAACAACAAAGAGAACGAAACUUUUAAAAAGCUUUUGAAAAUGGCCGGCCUCGAUGCUGAUGGCGCAUCAUCGUCGCCGUCUAGUUUAAUCGAUUCUGAUAAAACUGGCGGUGUCUGGAGAUUUGAUGCCUCUCGAGCUGAAGGCGCCAAGUCACCGUACCACGCUGACUCCGUGCAUGGCGUUGGCCUUGCCGUUAAUACAAAGCCAACGCAAUAA